CGAGUUCAACCAGUAUUCUGUUACCCGCGCGGACAGACGAUCGCUUACAAAGUAAUAUUAACAAAAUGCAUUAUAUCAAAAUAAAGACUUUUCCUCAUACGAUUUUACUAUUAGUUUUGUUAAUAAACGAGUGUAAAUCUCAGUAUUAUAUAGGAGACAAUCGUUUUAAAUAUUUCACUGAAGUGUUUUCUUGGAAGCAGAUUAACUAUGACUUUGACGGUGUCCUAUAUACAAAAGACGAACCAAUACAGAAGAAAUUAGACAGUAUCUUCUUCAGAGAUGAAAUCGACGAGAAAUUUCAAUUCUUUAAACAAUACAACAAUAUACCGAUUGGUUUCGAGGUUUAUAACCAAAAAGUUUUUAUUACUGUCCCCAGAAGGAGAUAUGGGAUCCCAUCAACGUUGAACGUAGUACCGCUGGAAACUGGUACAUCACCACUUCUGAAACCAUACCCUAAUACUGAAAGCAUAGACUCCUUCGUUUCCGUCUAUCGCCCACGAGUGGACUCCUGCAAAAGACUAUGGAUGGUUGACACUGGUCUUAUAGAAGUCCCCAAUAAUUUCGAACAGAAGAGGGCGCCACAGAUUAUAAUAUACGACCUGGAGACUGAUACAGAAAUAUUGCGACAUGAAAUACCUAUGGAUGUGCUUGUUAAUGGAACUACUUCAGGUCUCACUUCAAUUACUGUAGAUGUUUUGCCUUCAAAAUGCGACGACGCUCAUGCCUACAUCAAUGAUCUAGCAAGGAAUGGUUUAAUCGUUUUCUCUUUAAAGCAACGAUCUUUAUGGAGAAUCAGCCACAAGACUUUCAACUAUGACGUCGGAGCUACUGACUUUAUGGUCGCACAUCAAGUCAUCAACUGGAAGGAUGGUCUCUUCAGCGUGGCUCUCUCAGACCCAGACGAUGAUGGCAAAAGAACAGCAUACUAUCAUCCUUUUAUAUCUACCCAGGAGUAUUCUGUCUCAAACGAGAUAUUGAAAGAUCAGAGUGCAGAUUUUGCAAAAAAUUAUAAGUUAGAGGGCGUGCGAGGUGCAUUCUCCCAGAGUGGGUCCCACGACUUCCACAGCGGGAGCAAAGCGUUAUUCUAUGCCAACGUGGCUCAAGAUGGAGUGAUGUGUUGGAAUACUAAAAUUCCACUUACUACCAAGACUGCUAUAGUCGUGGCUCAGAGCCAUACCAAGUUGGUGUAUAUUUCUGAUUUGAAAGUCAUUAAAGAUGAAGUGUGGGUACUAGUGAAUCAGAUACCGGUGUUCAUCUAUUCACAAUUUAAUGUUACAGAAACCAACUUCUAUGUACACAAGGCCAAAAUUUCGGAUCUCAUCAAACACACUGUCUGUGACAAAUAAACAUAACUUGAAUUAAUAAAACUAUUUUCUUAAAAAUGAUCUAGCUAUUAGUACGAGAGAUGUUUUAUAUAUAUAUUUAUAAUGUAUCAAUGAAAAUGAGUUACCGAAACCUGUGAUUUAUAACUCCUGAAAUGAUAUUGCUUGCACCGAUUUACAUAAUUUGUCUCUAAAAAGCAUUAUACCUACCUCUAAUAUUAAAAUUGAGAAAUUUAUACAAAUCCACCCUGUAGUUUAAGAGUUUCAAUCAACAGAUCCAAUCUCAAGAACACAAAAAUAGAAUAUUUUUUAUUUUUAUUAUUAACAAUAUAUAAGUUACAAAACCAUUUAAAAAUUAAUAUA